AUGGAAGUUUUGGCUUUUAGAUCUGAGGAAACCACGUGUUCAUCCACAACGAUGCUCUUCCACGGCCUCCCCGGAGGCGAGAUGCAAGGAGUUAUCGAUGAAAUGGACCGAAGAGGCAAGGGAGACUCUGCCGGAAUCAGCUCGGCCAUCGAUAUGGGCGAAACUGAAGCGAGCUUGACGUCCAUCAACAGCGAGCGAGUGGCCUUGUGCGCCGGCUGCGGGGGCAAGAUUUCCGACCGCUACUACCUGCUGGCGGUGGAUAAACAGUGGCAUAUGCGAUGCCUCAAAUGUUGCGAAUGUAAGCUCAACCUGGAGUCUGAGCUUACCUGCUUCAGCAAAGAUGGCAGCAUAUACUGCAAAGAAGAUUAUUACAGGAGAUUUUCCGUGCAGAGAUGUGCCCGGUGCCACCUUGGGAUAUCGGCAUCAGAGAUGGUAAUGCGGGCAAGAGACUUGGUCUAUCAUCUGAACUGUUUCACUUGCACCACAUGCAACAAAAUGCUCACAACUGGGGACCAUUUCGGAAUGCGUGACAGCUUGGUGUACUGUCGUCUACACUUCGAGACACUAAUACAAGGGGAAUAUCAGGCGCAUUUCAAUCACACGGACGUAUCUACGGUCAAGGGACUCGGUGGAGGCACUGCGAACUCCCUGGGACUUCCUUACUACAACGGAGUGGCAACAGUGCAGAAAGGGAGACCUCGGAAACGGAAAAGUCCCGGGCCCGGAGCAGAGCUAGCGGCAUAUAAUGCAGCGCUGAGCUGCAAUGAGAAUGACGGGGACCACCUGGACCGCGACUCCCAUUACAGCUCGGGACAGAAGUCCAAACGCAUGCGGACGUCCUUCAAACAUCACCAGCUCCGAACCAUGAAGUCUUACUUUGCCAUCAACCACAACCCAGAUGCCAAGGACCUCAAGCAACUAGCCCAGAAGACAGGACUCACGAAACGAGUGCUACAGGUGUGGUUUCAGAACGCGCGCGCCAAGUUCCGGCGGAACCUGCUCCGUCAGGAGAGUGGGGGGGUGGACAAGGUGUCGGACGGCUCCACCCUGCCGGGCGGCUCGCCCUCGGGCCCCCCCUCGGAGCUGUCCAACGGCUCCAUGAGCCCCUCCAGCACGCCCUCGGCCCUCACCGACCUCACCAGCCCCUCCAUGCCCAACGUCAACCCCGUGCUGACGGCCGUGCCCGGGGGCCUGGACCCCCACGACUCCAUGAGCCCGUCCCAGACCACCCUCACCAGCCUCUUCUGAUGGCGCCCGGAGGGGGAUUAUGGGAACUUUACUCGCUCUUUUUC